AAUAUAUUUUUUUAAAGAGGAAUAAAACAACAACACACAAAAGGAACUACAUAAUGUUUUUUUUUAAGAAGAAACGUGGUCAAUGAAACACACAUAGUUUUCUUCCAUUUUUAGUUAUAAAAACAAACGAAAGUAAACUACAGCUCUAAAAUGCAAAAAUACUCUUGUUUUGUUUUGUUUAAUGGUUUUUAUCUCCUUUUCAAAAUGUGAAUACAUGAUGAAUUUUUUUGAGUUGUCCAUAAGAUCCAAUGAGAAUGCUAAGUUCUACAACACCAAAAAAAAUCUUAUCCAAAAACAUUCAUAAAAACAAUGGUCACCUCACAUAAUAGUAUAUGACUCUUUAACAAAAUACAAUGCUUAUCACGCCGGUGAGUCCAUGCUGCAACAUAGCCGGAUUAUUCCUUUUCCGGCGCAUUUCCCGGCAGAUUUUUCUAAAGACCGAAUCACCAUCACGCACAAACUCGACUAGCCUUAAAACCAUUUCAACCGUUCCUGCGACGGCGCGAGCUUCGAAGCCACUACGGUGCGGUGCUCGGAGAAGGGUGAGAGACGACGGAGAAGAUGAAGAUGAAACGUACGGAUACAACGAGGAGAUAGCGAUGCUGGAGACUUAUAGCCAAACGUGUAGAGACGAAGCGCUUAUCGUGACGGCCAAGGUUGACGGUGAAGAGGUCGAAGUUCUCAUCUUCAAAGGAUUCUCGUCGUGUCUGAGCGGGGAGACGGCGGUGGAUCCGGCGAGGAGUGUGUUGCCGGAGAGAGCAGUGAUUACAAAGAUAGAUAGAGUGAGAGGUCCUUUUGAUCCUUCACAGAUUCAUUACAUUCAGAAAGGACUCUCUUUUCAAGCUUUCAAGGAGACUAUGGUCAAGUAAUAUUCUAGAAGAUAUAUAUACACUGUGUAUCAAGAAGAGUGUUAUGGUCAAUGAAUGUUUCCUUUGAAUUAGUAAAGAGAAGCAUGCUAACUUAA